AUGUGGUUGAAUUCAUUGACGACGAUCGAACCAAUCAAUGGCGUUUACAUCGACGACGAUCGAACCAAUAAAUGGCUUUCACAUCGACGACGAUCAAACCAAUCGAUGGCAUUAACAUCGACGACGAUCGAACCAAUCGAUGACAUUAAAAUUGCUUUCCACUUACAUUCGACCAUACCUCGAUCGAUGGCGAUUCAUUUUAAUUUAUUACAAAAUAUAAAUAAUGGCGGCAAGGCAAAAAGUUGCUUUUGUCAACCAGAUGGGAUCAGUAUCACUAUUACUGGUUUGUGUAAAGAACAAGAAGAAACAUUCGUUUAUUCGUCACUGUUUGCAGUUAGAUCGAAGUCCAUAGCUCGAUACAGAAAAAGAAGUUUGAUUUGUUUGUUAUUACUGGCUUGCGGAGAUGUCGAAAGUUGUCCAGGACCGCAAUAUGAACAGAUAAAAUCGUUAAACAUGAAAGGUAUAAAGUUCUUACACCAAAAUAUCAGAGGAAUUUUUCAUAACAUGGCAAAUCUUACUGCAUUAUUAUCUUAUGAAAAUCGUAUAGACAUUUUGACAUUAUCUGAAACUCACAUCGAAGCACAGAGUGGGUUUGAUAACAACGAUUUAUACACAAUACCGGGGUACAACUUCAUUUCACGUUGUAGAGAAAUUGGGAAAGGUGGAGGUGUGGCCACUUAUAUAUCGGAACAAUUGACAUGGAAAAGGAGGGAAGAUCUAGAGGUGAAUGGCAUUGAAUGUAUCUGGCUCGAAAUUUUUCCGAAAAACGCAAAAAGUUUUCUUAUAUGCUGUAUGUAUAGACCCCCUGACUCAUCUCUAUAUCUGAAUUCUCGUUUUAACGAAAUUUUAAGAGAAAUGUUAAUAGCUGUUAAUAAAUUAACACUAGAAACAAUCAUUAUGGGCGAUGUUAAUGUAAAUUAUUUGAAACAAGGUGAUCAUCGUGAAAUCAAAGAUAUAUUCAAAUUGCAAUCAUUUGUACAGCUCGUAAAAAAGCCCACGAGAAUAACGCAAGACACUGAAACAUUAAUUGAUGUGAUAUUUACUAACAAAAGUUCGACGAUCUCCCACACGGACGUUCUACCUCUGAGUCUGAGUGAUCACGAUUGUAUUGGUUGCGUAAGAAAAGUUAACCAUCAAAAGUUUAAAUCGCGCACCACACGAUGUCGAAAUUACAACAAAUAUGACCCUGAAAAAUUGAACACAGACAUAAAUAAUCAUGAUUGGCAACCUAUGUAUGAAAUAAGUUCCGUGGAAAGUUCCUGGGAAUAUUUUAAAACAACAGUACAUGCUAUAAUCGACAAGCACGCUCCCGUUAUAACCAAAAUGGUCAAAGGACGUUCCUGUCCGUGGUUGAGUGCUGAAAUUAAGAAACAUAUGAACAAUCGAGAUAAACUCUUGAGAAAGGCACGAAAAACGAAGAAAGCGUCAGAUUGGUGUUUGUACAGACAAUUAAAAAAUCUUUGUAACAACAAAAUUCGAGUUGCAAGAAAUGGUUAUCAGAAAAACUUGUUAGUGGAAAACCGGCAUAAUCCUCGUAAGUUUUGGAAAACAAUCAAAAGCAUAUUUCCUGCAGGAAAGUCAUCAUCUCCAACAAAUAGUGAUCAGCCGGAUGCAGCUGAGAAACUUCUUUACGCUAACAAAUUUUGUCGAUACUUUUCAGAUUGCGCUAGAAAAUUGAAGGACGUCGCUUUUCCAUUACGAAACCUUAUAUGGAGAUAUACUCCAAUAAUUUCGACCAGGACUGAUAAACUCUUUCAUUUUCAUUACGUCACGAAAGUGUUUGUCGAAAAAGAAUUAAAAUCUUUGAAGAGAAAGAAAGCCACCGGUGCAGAUGACAUACCACCGGGUGUUUUGAAAGAUGCUGCUACACUCCUUUCUCAACCAUUAGCAUUCAUUAUAAACCUGUCGCUGCGUACCAGUACAAUACCGUCGGACUGGAAAAUCGCAAAAGUUACGCCACUUUUUAAGGGAGGAAAUUCAUCUGAAGAAACAAACUAUCGACCUAUCUCAGUUCUUCCUAUAGUUUCCAAGAUUCUAGAACUGUGCUGUUCAUCACCAAUUAAUUGA